AAUACCCCUGUUAUCGUUCCCACACCACCACUUAAAACCCUGUCUCUGCGUCCGCUCUCCCAAAACCAAUUAGCAGACGAGAGCAUGGCCGCCUCCUCCGAAUCGGAACAAGCCAAGCUCCAUCGCUUCCUCCAAUGGCUUCAGGCGAAUGGGGUGGACCUGCGAGGAAGUAGCAUCCGACACUGUGGCCCCAACAAAGGCUUCGGUGUUUUCUCCACCGCCCAGCCUGCCGGAAACCAUGGCGACGGUGUUGUUAUGGUAGUCCCGCUCGAUCUGGCCAUCACUCCGAUGAGAGUCCUCCAAGACCCCACCUUGGGGCCCAGAUGCAGGGCUUUGUUCGAGGAGGGGGACGUCGACGACCGCUUCCUUGUGAUGAUUUACUUGAUGGUGCAGCGCCUACGGCCGAACUCGCUUUGGAAGCCGUACUUGGACAUGCUUCCGAGCACCUUUGGGAGUACACUGUGGUUCACAGAAGUUGAGCUUUCUGAGUUGAAAGGAACAACAUUGUACCAAGCUACUGUGGUGCAGAGAAAAAAACUUCAAGCUUUAUAUGAUGAUAAGGUGAGGGGUCUGGUUGAGGAGCUUCUACAUUGUGAUGGGGAGUUGGAAAGUGUGACUGAAGUGCGAUUUGAAGAUUUCCUCUGGGCAAACUCUAUAUUUUGGACUCGAGCCUUGAACAUUCCAUUUCCUCGUUCUUAUGUAUUUCCUGAUUCAAUUAGAGGGCAAGACAAUGAUACGAUGUGCCAAGGUAGUGAAUGUGGUUAUCCUGUAACCCAAAACCCUGGUGAAACGUCUGGUCAUGGGCAGAGUGAAAAAAAAGAGGUUGCUAAUAUCAUGGUGGAGAAAAGAAAUGAUGAAGCUUUAAAAACACUAAAUGAAGAGACUAUCUGGGUUGAAGGUCUUGUUCCUGGAAUUGAUUUCUGUAACCAUGGUUUGAAGGCUGUGGCAACAUGGGAGGUUGAUCCGGCAGGAAAAAUAACUGGAAUUCCUGCCUCGAUGUACCUCGUGAUUGUUGAUCAAAGCACUGGUGAAGUUGAGAAAGAGAUAUAUAUUAGCUACGGUAACAAAGGAAAUGAGGAAUUGUUGUACCUUUAUGGGUUCGUCAUUGAAAAUAAUCCUGAUGAUUAUCUCAUGGUACACUAUCCUAUUGAAGCAUUACAGGGUAUCCCGUUAUCUGAUAGCAGAGCAAGACUCCUUGAUAUGCAGAAAGCUGAAUUGAGGUGUCUUCUACCUAGAAAUUUGCUUGAUCAUGGUUUUUUUGCUGGAUCCCCUCUCCGAAAUGAAGAUAAUGGAGAAGGCCCUACAAGUCGGCUUUGCAAUUAUAGCUGGAGUGGUCAGCGCAAGGUUCCUUCUUAUUUAAAUAAGCUUGUUUUUCCUCAGGAGUUCGUAGCAGCUUUACGGACCAUUGCCAUGAAAGAACAUGAGCUUAGCCUGGUUGCUUCAUUAUUAGAAGAGCUUGUCGGAUCUGGAACAGAAAAACAACCAUCUGAUGUAGAAGUUCAAGCAGCGGUAUGGGAAGCUUGUGGGGAUCUUGAAGCCUUAGAGUUACUUGUUGAUCUUCUUCGUGUCAAGAUGAUGGAACUUGAAGAGGGUUCUGGAACAGAGGCUUCUGACACUGAACUUCUUGAGAGGUUCCAUUUUGGAGAAGUUGAAGACCAUGAGAGCAGAAACAAUAAAUAUAGUGAAGAUAAGUUGAUGAGUAGAAAUCGGUGGUCUAGUAUAGUUUACAGAAAAGGGCAGAAACAACUCACUAGCCUAUUUUUGAGAGAAGCAGAGCAUGCUCUGGAGUUGUGCGCAAGCGAACAGUCAUAAACAAUGCUUUAGACUGGGAUGCAGCAUUGCGCAAUUAUCAGUCUGCACAAUUUGUCAGCUCCAGGCAGGCUUCGUAGUUAACAGUCACUACCACGCUUCUGGAGAUAUCUGACUUCAACCGGACCUCAACUCUUUGGAAUAGGUAACAUGUCAGUUGUGAAGAUUCAUCAAGGGUAUGUGGAACUUCCAAUCUCAGAUCUUACCGAGUAUGUGAGAAGCAGUAGCGCAUCCAAUCAUCUAUUGUAUUAACAGGCAUCUCAUAAAUGGAGAAUUUUUUGAGUCAAAAUAUCAUUAAUCUAUAUUAAUUUUUAUAAUCCUUUGGUAUUGGUGUCUGUUUUCUUUUAACAUGGCCAUGUUAGAUAUCGAUCUAUAUCAAUGUUAGAUAUCAAUCUUUUAACA